AUGCCGAUCGGGUGGGUCAAAUCCUUACAUUGCAAAUCAAAAGCUUUCGACGAUGUCUAUCAUCACUCCAACAACGGUAAACUCUUGAUGCCAAGUUACAGUUGCAGAAAAUCCGUUAAAGACGUCGUCGAUACCCGACCCGGAUCCGGUAAGAAGGUCCCAAAACAUGAUCCGAGUAUAAGGCGUCUGCGAUCCUCUCGUCGACCCGAAUCAGAAUCCAAUUCUUCUUAUCACCCGACCCGAAGAAGCGUAUCCAUGAGAGCUUCCUCCGAAUCUGCAUUGCCCGUGUUGACCGAUCUUCCCGAUGGUCAUCCGUCGAGAAACGUCGUGGAGAUUAUAUUCCAAUCUAGCUGGAGCUCCGAAGAGUUUCCGGGUCGGGUCGAGAUGAUUUUCAAAGUUGAGAACGGGUCGAGAGCUGUGACCCGGUUCGAGGAAUACAGAGAGACUGUGAAAUCGCGAUCGCAGUCAAAAUUGGAUUACGAAAACGGCGCGUGCGACGAGGACGCGAGGUGUUCGGCGGACGGGAACGAGAUGAUGAGGUUUUAUCCGUUGGGUCCGAUUCCGGGCGGGAUUAACGGCGGCGCGUGGGGAUUUCCCGGUGGUAAAGGAGCGGCGGUUGGCACGUUUUCCGGGAGCGGUGAAGCGCAUGAUAGCACAGGCGGCGGAGGAGGGAGGAGAGCGAUGCUGAUUUGUAGAGUUAUAGCGGGUCGGAUUGCUGAGAAAGGCGAGUUCGGGUCGGAUUCGGUGGCGGGUCGUCGGGCUGGUGAGCUGAUUGUCUUCGAUGCACGCGCGGUGUUGCCUUGUUUCUUAAUCUUCUUCAGAUUGUAA